AUGUCGUCGUCGCGCCGUCACCGGAAACUGACCAAACCCCGACGGUAUGAGGAGCCUCCGGUCCCUGAGCCAGAGCCGCAGCCGGUGCCAAAACGGCGAGCUCCUGUGCCGCGGCUUCGUCAUUUCCCUGUCCAGGGCCGCCGGACGGAAGACUACUCCGAUCUGGUCGACGCGAACGAGAUCCCACCUCAUCUUCCGAAACGGAUAUACCAGGCCAUGGAGCGCCAUCUGCCGCCUGCAGUCCUGGUUGCUCCCCGCCUCGAGAAGCUCGCGUUCAUGCAGCGCGUCCUCGCCGGCGAUGUGCCCUCGCAGGAGGAGUUCGCCCGUAUGGAGAGCUACGUGCAGUACAGGCAGAUGAUCUGUUCAACAUACAAGGUUGAAAAUUUUCAAAACUGGGCACAUAGAGAAAAACAAGAGAUAAAUGAUCCAAAUAACUUUCACAAGCCUAGCCGUGGAACCACUAUUUCUGAUAUUGGAAUGAAAGGGAUGCUUGAUGACCUCAUGAAGAAGUUUAUCUCACCUAUUUCCAAAGUUCUUUUCCCUGAAGUUGGGGGUAGAAGUUUGGACUCUCAACAUUCUUAUGUUGUUUCAUAUGGUGGAGAUGAUGGCGGUGGCAGACCUGUUUGUUCAUAUGAUGGAUAUGACAAUGGCCUAGGUACAGAAGCAAGCAUAUAA